AUACAUAAGUAAGGGUGGUGUAUGUGAGCAUCAGUGUAUGUCAAUGUAUGUCCAUGUCUGUCAGUGUAUGUCAGUGAACGGGAUCAGUGUUGUGUGUGUGUCUCUCGGUGGAUAACCGUUGUCGUAUGGCGCUUGCAGCCGUGCCAUUGUCAUCGUCGUUGUCAUCAUCUUCAGCAAUCAAAAUUGGUGGAACCAUUGAGGUAUCAGCAGCAGCAGCAUCAACAACAACAACAACAACAACAACAACAACAACAACAACAACAACAACAACAACAACAACAACAACAACAACAACAACAACAACAGCACCAGCAACAACAACAACAACAGUAGCAGCAGUAACAACAACAACAACGCCAACAACAACCGGACCGGGAGCUGAUGGUGAUAAUGAAGAAAGAAAGCGUGAACCGGAUGGAAAAAUCGGCAUAUCAUCCGGUAAUAGUAAUAGUUUGUCGGAUUUAAUAACAUCAGGAACAAUUUCAACAUCACCAUCAACAUCAGCUGUAUCUGAAGCUACAACAACAACAACAACAAGAGUAGCAGCAGCGAAAACAUUAUCAACAACGAUAUCGACAGAUAAUAAUAAUAAUAAUAGUAAUAAUAAUAAUAAUACUAGUAAUAAUAAUAUAUCGAUGAAUACCGUUACACAAUUACCAUCAAUAACGGAUGAUAUUCUACUUGAUGAAUUAUCAUCACGUUUUCGUGGUGUAUUACCAAUUCAACCAAGUCCAUUAUUACUACCAUCUGAUCAUAUUUCAUCAUCACUUAAAAGUACCCGUUUAAAUGGUCAUCUAAUUUAUUGCUUUGUUAUUGGUGGUGAAUGCCGUUUAUGCUUCCCACAAAUAAUAAGCGUUGUAUUACAUGGUGUUGCAAUUAAUGAUAUUAAUGAAUUAUUCGUUAAUUUAAAUAUUCAUAUAUCAGUUGCUAGUCAACAACAAUUGGAUACAUUAAAAUUAGCUGGUGUUAUGCCAAUGACAGCUGAUAGUUGUGGUUUAAUAACAAAAAGUGAUGCGGAACGAUUAGUUGCUAAAUUAUUACCACAAUGUAAUGGUUAUCGCUUAACAACAAAUAUUGGAAUGGAUACAAUACCAGUUAUGCAUGAUUGCUUUGAUGGUUGUACUGGUAUAUUAAUACCAAUGUUAGAUAGUGAUGAACAAAUUGAAUGUACCCAAUGUAAAUUACUUUUUACUGGUGAAAAAUUUGUCUCACAUUCACAUUCCAUUCAACAAAUUCAUCGUAUUUGCCAUUGGGGUUUUGAUUCAUCCAAUUGGCGACAUUAUUUGCAUUUACCCGAAUCAUAUGAGGAUGAUAUGAAAGCGUUGCAAAAACUUGAAUUAUACAAAUAUCCAUCGAUACGUCUUGGUAAACGUUCUGCUUCGCAUGCUUUUACGACAGCUGAAAAUGGUAGUUGCGCAAAAGUGGCUAAUCUAACAACGACAACAUCAACAAAGUCUAUUGAAACUGAUGCUGGAAUUGGAAUUGGAGUUGAUCCAAUAGUUCCUAUAUCAUCAGUGCAAUCACUGAAUGAAUUAAGCGAACAUAUUUUAAAACUUUGUACUGCUGCUCAAACGACAGCCAUUGCAGGAACAGCUUUAACCGCUACACCAACAUCUCCUUCAGCUACGUCACAUCUUGCACUACAAUUUAUUACCUCACAACUACCUCUAACGGAAUCAUAUAGACUACCUAUUCUUACAAAUCCUUCUCAUAUUGCAUCCGAUAUUCGAUGGAAACAAGUUUGUGAGACGCAGUCAUCUACACUUUCAUCCGUACCACUUAUUAACAGUAAUAAAUCAGCUGCUGAUAUGCGACAACAUUUAAUCGUUACCGAUGGAGAUUCGUCUAGUAAAAGUGCGCAAAUAUCUUCUAUUACUAAUUUGGAUAUACCAUCAUGUACAACUAGCAAAACAGGAACAUCAUUGGAAAGACUGUUGGAUCAAACUUUAAAGGAACCUGUUUUAUCGGUUGCCAAAUUAUUGAUUAUGGAAUUUCGGCGUGAAAAAGAAUUAUUACUUAACCAGAAUGGACAAUUACGUCGUGAAAAUGCUCUUCUACGUAGUGCACUUGCUAGUAGUACUGUUUUGGUUGGCCUAAAAGGAUUGACUGCAGCGAAUGUUCCAAUUUCAUGAAAUGGAGACAAAGAAAAACGAAUGGAAUGUUCUUAUUUACUUUCUUCCAUGUAAUCACUACCUGAUUGAUUUUUGCUUUUUCUUUUGUCCAUUUUUACAACCUCAAUAUCUGAACCGGUGAGUUUAUAUAUGUACGACGGAAGUGUUAAAUCUUAAUCAUCCUUUGUUUGUUUGUCUGUGAAAAAAGACUGCCGCUAUUGGGAAGGAAAAAAGUUGGUAAUGUCCGAAAACAG